UCUCUCCUCCCGCCCGUCAGGCGCUGCUUCUUCGCGCGGCCUUCGCUGAGGGGAGCCGACCUGCAGGCGGGACACGCGUCGAGGGCUGGCCGUGCUGCGGGGACGUGACACACGUCGUGAGAACUUUUGCCAUGUUUUGGAAUGUGGGUCCCUGGAAAUGCGUCUUGCCCCUUCAACUUUGCCUGCUGGGUUUUGCAUGCUCUGUGUGGGCCAGCUCAGGAGCCUUGUCACAGACUUCUAUCACAGCAGAUUCCUUCCUGCAAGACCUCUUCCUCCGGUAUGGCAAACAUGACAAGCUCACUUUGCAGCAGCUCAAAUCCCUGUUGAAUCGCCUUGAUGUGGGAGUUGGAAGGAACAACAUUAGUCGCACAGAGCAGCAGCGUAGAAACAUCUCCUGGUGCUUCAGUUCCUCAGAGCUCUUUGCAACCCACAAUCUGAGUGAAGACUCCAGCCUUGGCAAGAGUGAAUUCCGAGAGUUCUGCCCAACCAUCCUGCAGCAGCUGGAGUCAAGGGCAUGCAUGUCUGAGAACCUGGAAAAUGAGGAAGAUGAGAGGACAGAAGAGGGGAAGCCCAGUUCCACAGAAGUCUGGGGCUUUGGAUUUCUCAGUGUUUCACUGAUUAACCUGGCCUCCCUACUUGGCGUCUUCAUCGUGCCCUGCACCAAGAAGGUCUUUUUCGCCCGAAUCCUAACGUAUUUCAUCGCGCUCUCCAUCGGGACAUUGUUCUCUAACGCACUGUUCCAGCUGAUCCCAGAGGCCUUUGGAUUCAAUCCUCGGGAAGAUGAUUAUGUCUCCAAAUCUGCUGUUGUCUUUGGGGGCUUUUACUUGUUCUUUUUCACAGAGAAAAUAUUGAAGAUGCUUCUCAAGCAGAAAGACACGAAUCAUCAUGGGCACAGCCACUAUAGCACUGAGACCCUUCCUUCCAAGAAAGACCAGGAGGAGGGGGUCACUGAAAAACUGCAGAAUGGUGACUUGGAUCACAUAAUCCCUACCAAGAAUAAUGACCUGGAAUGCAAGAAUCCAUCUGUUGAUGAGAAGAUUGUUGGCUCCUUGUCUGUUCAGGACCUCCAAGCUUCUCAAAGCACUUGCUAUUGGCUGAAGGGCGUGCGCUACUCUGACAUUGGCACCUUGGCUUGGAUGAUCACCCUGAGUGAUGGCCUCCACAAUUUCAUUGAUGGCUUGGCCAUUGGUGCCUCCUUCACCGUGUCAGUCUUUCAGGGGAUCAGCACUUCUGUGGCCAUUCUCUGUGAAGAAUUUCCUCAUGAGCUAGGUGACUUUGUCAUUCUGCUGAAUUCUGGAAUGUCCAUCCAGCAAGCGCUGUUCUUCAACUUCAUCUCUGCUUGCUGCUGCUAUGUGGGGCUAGCCUUCGGGAUAUUGGCGGGCAGCCACUUCUCUGCUAACUGGAUCUUUGCUUUAGCUGGUGGAAUGUUUCUCUACAUUGCAUUGGCUGAUAUGUUCCCAGAGAUGAAUGAAGUCAGCCGAGAAGAUGAAAGGAGUGGUGGUGCUCUGAUUGCCUUUGCCAUCCAGAACGCAGGACUGCUGACAGGAUUCGCCAUCAUGGUGCUGCUUACUAUGUACUCGGGUCAAAUCCAGCUUGGAUAGAGACAUGCAUCUUACUAAUGGAAGGUGUAUGGACUGUGUAAAGCACAGCAUCUUCACCAAAAAUUACAAAAAGAGGCACUUUGA